AUGACGACCCUACUCACCAUGACGACCUAUGUCAUCCUGAUGACCACACUCACCCUGUACAACCAUACUCACCCAGACGACCUUACUCACCCUGAUGUUACUCAAGCUGACGAACAUACUCACCGUGAUGACCAUACUCACCCAGAUGACUGUACUCACCCAGACGACAAUGUUCACCCCGACGAUCGUACUCACCCUGACGUCAGUACUCACCCUGACGUCAGUACUCACCCUGACGUCAGUACUCACACUGACGUCCAUACUCACCCUUCAGACCCUACUCACACUGAAAACCGUACUCACCCUCACAAUCAUACUUCCAAUGACCACUGUACUCACCUUGUCGACUAUACACACCCUGACACUCAUACCCUCCCUGACAAUACUCAAACUGACGAAUGUACUCAAACUGACAACUGUAAUCACCCUUACAACUGUAUUGAUCCUGACAACUAUACUCAACCUGACAACCGUACUCACCCUGAUAACCGAAAUCACCCUGACCACUGUUCUCACCGUGCCAACCGUACUCACCCUGAUGAACGUAUUCAUCUUGAUGAUCAUUCUCACCCUGAGGAACGUUCUCACCCUGACGACAGUACUCACCCUUCCGAUCAUACUCAACCUGACAAUCAUACCCUCCCCGACAAUACUCACACUGAUGAUCAUACUCAACCGGACGACCAUACUCACCCUGACAACCGUAAUCACCCUUAUCACUGUACUGACCCUGACAACUGUACUCAACCUGACAACCGUACUCACCCUGAAAACCGUAAUCACCCUGACUGCUGUUCCCACUGUGCCAACCGUACUCACCCUGAUGAACGUACUCAUCUUGAUGAUCAUUCUCACCCUGAGGAAAGUUCUCAUCCUGACGACUGUACUCACCCUGACGAUCAUACUCAACCUGACCACUGUACUCCCCUUGACGACCCUGCUCACCAUGACCACCGUAGUCAUCCUGACAAUCGCAUUCACUCUGAUGACUUUACCCAUCCUAAUGAUCUUACUCACCCUGAUGACCAUACACAAAUGAUCGUGCUCAACCCUGACGAAGGUACUCAUUCUGAAGAUCUCACUCACCCAGAUAACCGUACUCACCCUGACGAGCGUACUCACCCCGACGACCAUACUCACCCUGAUGACCUUACACACCCUGACAAGUGA